CUUUCAUCAGUCCUUCUCAUCCAAAAAAGAUCUCAACAUCCGAAAAUGGCUGACGACUUCGACCUCCGCGCCCUGCUCCGUUACGCCGCCGCUAACGUCCCCGACUUCCCUCCCUCCCCCUCCAAUUUCACCGUCUCCAAGUUCGGGCAUGGACAAUCGAAUCCGACUUAUCUGCUGCAAGUAGAAUCAAAACGCUACGUUUUGAGAAAGAAGCCGCCGGGGAAGCUGCUCCAGUCGGCUCACGCCGUCGAGAGAGAGUUCCAGGUGCUACAUGCAUUGAGUACUCACACAUUAGUUCCGGUGCCGAAAGUGUUCUGUUUGUGUACUGAUCCAGCUGUUAUUGGUACUCCUUUUUACAUCAUGGAGUUCCUGGAAGGCCGCAUUUUCGUCGACCCGAGGCUACCGGGUGUGGAGCCUGGGAGCAGGAGGGCUAUUUACCAAGCGACUGCGAAAGCUCUAGCGUCGCUGCAUUCUGCUGAUGUUGAUGCUAUUGGUCUAGGGAAGUAUGGGCGCCGCGAAAACUAUUGUAAACGGCAGGUAGAGAGGUGGGCGAAACAGUAUAUUGCAUCCACUGGUGAAGGCAAGCCUAAGAGGAAUCCAAAGAUGUUUGAGCUGAUUGAUUAGUUACAGCAGCACAUUCCUCUUGAAGAUACUUCAGGAGGUGCAACCGGCUUGGUUCAUGGGGACUUUCGCUUUGAUAAUCUUGUUUUUCAUCCUAUUGAGGAUCGGGUGAUUGGCAUUCUUGACUGGGAAUUGUCUACUCUUGGAAACCAAAUGUGUGAUGUGGCUUACUGCUCCAUGCCUUAUACCAUGGACUUAGGGGUUGACAAAGAUCAACUUGGUAAAGGUAUGGAAUAUGCUGGGCUUCCAGAAGGGAUUCCUUCUCUGGCAGAAUAUGUGGCAGAAUACUGCUCUUUAUCUGGAAAACCAUGGCCUUUUGCUGAGUGGAAAUUUUAUGUGGCAUUUUCUUUAUUCCGUGGCGCAUCAAUUUAUGCAGGCAUUUACAGUAGAUGGACCAUGGGUAAUGCUUCAGGAGGUGAGAGUGCCCAGCAUGCAGGUGACAAAGCUAAUUUUCUUAUAGACUAUGCAUGUGAGUUCGUUAGACAAGAAUCAGUGCUUCCUGAGUAUCCUCCAUCAGUUUCUUCACUUGCUCGAAACUACUUGAAAAGUUCCGGACGAGAGAGUGAAGAUCAAGGAUUUUCUAAAGGGGAAGGGAAGUUUGUCCCCAGUGAAAGGAUUCAGGAAUUGAGAAACAGGUUGGUCAAGUUCAUGGAAGAUCACAUAUAUCCCUUGGAAAAAGAGUUCUACAAACUUGCUGAAUCUAUCUCACGUUGGACAGUGCAUCCCGAGGAGGAGAAGUUAAAGGAGCUAGCAAAGAAAGAAGGCCUGUGGAACUUAUUCAUACCUUUUGAUAGUGCUGCCAGGGCAAAAAAAUUAAUUUUUGAUGGGACCAAUCAGCUUCAGUCUACCGACAAUCAAUUAUUGGGUGCGGGCCUUUCAAACCUUGAAUAUGGAUAUCUUUGUGAGAUCAUGGGUCGUUCUGUUUGGGCUCCACAAGUAUUCAACUGUGGCGCACCUGAUACCGGAAAUAUGGAGGUCUUGUUGCGUUAUGGGAACAAAGAACAACUACUUGAAUGGCUUGUUCCUUUACUUGAGGGGCGAAUAAGAUCAGGAUUUGCAAUGACAGAACCCAAAGUUGCAUCCUCUGAUGCAACUAACAUCGAGUGUUCUAUUAGUAGAGAUGGAGAUUCAUAUAUUAUCAAUGGAACAAAAUGGUGGACAAGUGGAGCUAUGGAUCCAAGAUGCAGACUUCUUAUAGUCAUGGGAAAAACCAACUUCAAUGCUGCAAUGCAUAAGCAGCAGUCUAUGAUCUUAGUAGAUAUCCGGACUCCAGGUGUACACAUUAAGAGACCACUUACAGUUUUUGGCUAUGAUGAUGCACCUCAUGGGCAUGCAGAAGUUUUAUUUGACAAUGUACGCGUCCCAGCUAAGAAUAUUCUACUGGGAGAAGGACGUGGGUUUGAGAUUGCACAGGGUAGGUUAAGCCCAGGAAGGUUACACCAUUGCAUGAGACUGGUAGGAGCUGCCGAGCGAGGCAUGCAUAUAAUGGCGGAAAGGGCUCUUAGUAGGACGGUUUUUGGGAAGUUGAUUGCUGAACAAGGCUCUUUUCGUUCUGAUAUAGCAAAGUGUCGAAUAGAGCUAGAGAAAACAAGAUUGUUGGUUCUGGAGGCAGCUGACCAGCUUGAUAGACUUGGAAACAAAAAGGCCCGUGGAACUCUUGCAAUGGCAAAGGUAGCAGCGCCAAACAUGGCUCUGAUGGUGCUCGACAUGGCAAUGCAAGUUCAUGGCGGUGCUGGCUUGUCUUCUGACACAUGUCUGGCCCAUCUUUGGGCCACGGCCAGAACAUUGAGAAUAGCAGAUGGUCCAGAUGAAGUUCACUUGGGUACCAUUGCUAAGUUAGAACUACAGAGAGCUAAAGCUAAACCUGAAACUUCAGGGAUAAAAACAUCCUGGAAAUGAGGAUCUGUUACUUCUCAAGUUCGUGCAAGUCCAGACAGGUGUUUACUUCUAGCUUUUGCCCUUGUUAAAUCCCAAAGAUCUAGUAAGAUCAAAACGACACUUCAUUACUUCUGCAGAGAGUUGAGAGAUAAAAUCAAUAAUGUUGAUGUAAAACAAAAUAUGCUGUGUAAAUAAAGAAAAUUUAACAAUUAGAAGUGAAAAUCCAGAAUAUAGCUGUUUGGAAGUACUUACUCUGUAUAUUCUCCAAUAAAUAAUUACCCAAGUGUUGAAGGGAUUUAGAUUAGUAUGUUGAUACGCAUUACAAACGCGAUUUCAGCUCCAAUAUAUUUUAUGUUGAUAUCUGAAUUCU